AUGUACAUCAAACAGAUUAUUAUCCAGGGCUUCAAGAGCUACAAGGACCAGACGGUCAUUGAGCCCUUCUCGCCCAAGCACAACGUCAUCGUCGGUCGCAACGGCUCGGGCAAGAGUAACUUCUUCGCCGCGAUUCGCUUCGUCCUCAGCGAUGCCUACACCCAGAUGGGGCGCGAAGAGCGCCAGGCUCUCCUCCACGAAGGUUCGGGCUCCGCCGUCAUGUCGGCCUACGUAGAGGUCAUCUUCGAUAACAGCGACGACCGCUUCCCCACCGGAAAGCCCGAGGUCAUCCUCCGCCGCACCAUUGGCCUCAAGAAGGAUGAAUACUCGCUCGACCGCAAGAACGCGACCAAGGCCGACGUCAUGAACCUGCUGGAGUCGGCCGGUUUCUCGCGAUCGAACCCGUACUACAUUGUCCCGCAGGGUCGUGUCACCGCCUUGACGAACAUGAAGGAUGGUGAGCGAUUGAACUUGCUGAAGGAGGUUGCGGGUACCCAGGUCUACGAGGCUAGGAGAACCGAGAGUUUGAAGAUUAUGCAAGAAACGGACAACAAGCGCUCUAAGAUUGAUGACCUGCUGGCUUACAUCAGGGAACGUCUUGAGGAGCUUGAGGAAGAGAAGGAAGAGCUCAGAGCAUACCAGGAAAAGGACCGUGAGCGGAGAUGCUUGGAGUACACCAUCUACCACCGCGAACAGCAGGAGAUCCAGAGGGUUCUGGAAACCAUGGACGAGCAGAGGCAAGCCGGCGUUGACGAGACCGACGACAAUCGGGAGCGCUUUGUUCAAAACGAGCAGGAGAUUGCACAGAUCGAUGCCGAGAUUGCGGAGCUCAAGCAGCAGCUGGAAUUCCUCAAGGUUGAUAAGCGCCAGUUGGAGGAGGAGCGCCGUGAAACUGCGCGUGAUCGGGCCGCGGUUGAGUUGCAGGUCAACGAACUUACCGAUGGCCAGGCAGCCGCAAAGCAAGCUAAGAGCCGCCACGAUGCCGACCUCCGAGAUGUCCAGGAGCAGAUCAACCAACGCGAGCAGGAGCUUGCAACCAUCAUGCCUGGAUAUAACAAGCUGAAGGAGCAAGAGGCUACAAUCAGGUCCCAACUCGCCGAAUCCGAAGGUAUUAGGCAACGCUUGCUGGCCAAGCAAGGACGUCAGUCACAGUUUCGCUCAAAACGCGAGAGAGAUGAUUGGCUCAAGAAGGAAAUCGACGAGGUCAAUGUCUCAUUGGCUACCCGCAAGGCGAUUGCCAUGCAGACUUCCGAGGACAUUACCGAGCUGGAGAAAGACAUUGGGCGCCUGGAGACUGAGAUCGCCGAACUGCGCUCCAGUAUCGAGAACCGUGGCGACAGCAUGCAGAACAUCUCAGAAGAGGUGCAGAAGGCGAAGGAGGAGCGCGACCAGCUUUCAGAUCAGCGUAAGGACCUGUGGAGAGAGGAAGCCAAGCUUGAUUCAGUCAUCAGCAACGCUCAGCAGGAACUCAACCGCGCGGAAAGAUUCCUGUCUCACAUGAUGGAUCAGAACACCAGCCGUGGUUUGGCUGCUGUUCGUCGCAUCAAACAGCAACAUAAUCUGCAGGGUGUCUACGGCACUCUCGCAGAGCUCUUUGAGGUGCCUGACAGAUACAAAACCGCUGUUGAGGUGACGGCCGGCGCCAGCCUGUUCCAUUACGUCGUCGACAACGAGCAGACCGCGACAAAGGUCCUCGAAGUUUUGCAGAAGGAGAAGGCUGGACGUGUUACUUUCAUGCCUCUCAAUCGGUUAAGGUCGAAGCCGAUCAACAUCCCCAAGGCUAGCGACGCUCUGCACAUGAUCACUAAGCUUCAGUACGAUCCACUGUACGAGAAUGCCUUCCAACAUGUCUUCGGUAAGACCAUAAUCUGCCCCAAUCUUCAGGUUGCCGCCCAGUAUGCCCGGAGUCAUGCCGUCAGCGCCAUCACGCCUGAGGGAGACCGUGCGGACAAGAAGGGUGCCCUGACGGGUGGUUUCCACGAUCCUCGGAAGUCUCGUAUCGAUGGCGUCCGCAACGUGGCCAAGUGGCGCCAGGAGUAUGAAGCGCAGAGAGCACGUCAAGUGGAAUUGCGGCGCUUGAACGAGGAGAAAGAUCAAGAGAUCACGCGUGCGUUUGGUGAACUCACCAAGAUUCAGCAAAAACAGCAACAGCUGGAGAACAGCUAUGGCCCAAUGAGGCAGGAGCUCCGCGCAAAGAUGGUCGACCUGCAGAACAAGAGAGAGGCUCUCGAGGCGAAGCAGAGAUCAAGGGAUAACAUUGAAGCCAACAUUCGCGAGUUGGGUGAACAACAAGAGGCAUACGAUGCCGAAUUGGCUUCCGACUUCAAGAAGGCCCUCUCGCGUGAGGAGGAGCAGCAACUCGAGUCCCUCGCGGGACCCAUCCAAGACCUGCGCAAGCAGCUCUCUAGCCUCAGCACAAGCCGUGCGGAACUUGAAGCCAAGAAGACCACGCUGGAGUCUGAGCUUCGUGAAAACCUCCGCCUCCGUUUGGAUCAGAUCAACGCACAGGGCUUCGAAGAUGGUACCGAUUCUAGUGGCAGCUCUGUGAAGCUCAAGGACCGCCAGCGUGAGCUCAAGCGGAUCAACAAGGCUCUCGAGACGGUUCAAAAGAGGUUGCAGGAAGCCGAUCAAAACAUGGAUCAGACCAAUGCUCAACUUGCUGAGCUUGAGAAGACCAAGGCUGGGAAGCAGGCUGAGCAGGAGGAGGUGGCACGCGCCAUCGAGCGCCACCAAAAACGGAUGGAGAAGAGCAUGGCCAAGAAGGCUCUGCUGAACAGCAAGAAUCAGGAGUGCCAGAGGAACAUCCGUGACUUGGGCGUGCUGCCUGAAGAGGCGUUUGAGAAGUAUCAGAACAUGGAGUCCAAUAAGGCAACGCUCAAGAAGUACUCGCACGUCAACAAAAAGGCUUUCGAGCAGUACGCCAACUUCACGAAGCAGCGGGAUACUCUCAUGAAGCGUCGUUCAGAGCUUGACUCCAGCCAGAAGUCGAUCGAAGAGCUGAUUGAGGUGCUCGAUCAGCGGAAGGAUGAGGCCAUCGAGCGUACUUUCAAGCAAGUGAGCCGUGAGUUCGCUAGCGUCUUCGAGAAACUCGUGCCGGCUGGCAAAGGUCGCUUGAUCAUCCAGCGGAAGAGCGAUAGCCAAGCGCGUGCGGAGCAAGAAGAGGACAGUGAAGAGGAGGAGAGAAGACAAAGCGUCGAGAACUACACUGGUGUUGGAAUCAGUGUCAGCUUCAACUCGAAGCACGACGAGCAGCAGAGGAUUCAGCAGCUGAGUGGUGGACAGAAGAGUUUAUGCGCUCUUGCGCUGGUCUUCGCCAUCCAACAGUGCGACCCUGCGCCUUUCUACCUCUUCGACGAGAUCGAUGCCAACCUGGAUGCCCAGUACCGUACGGCCGUGGCGCAGAUGCUGCAGACGCUGUCAAACAACACCGAGGGCGGUGGUCAGUUCAUCUGCACGACUUUCAGGCCCGAGAUGGUCAUGGUGGCGGAGAAGUGCUACGGUGUCAGCUACACAAACAAGACGAGUAGUAUCGACGUCGUCGACCGCGACACGGCCAUGAAGUUCAUCGAGGGCCAGCAGAAGCCGGGAGCUUAA